AAGAAAAAAAAGUAAACAAAAUAAAAAAGCAAACAAAUUUCCGUCUCCCGUCACCGAUCAAGAUGGCGUCGGCUUGUGUGCUACAGUGGGCUCCCGACUCUUUGUAUAACACAGCCAUAUCAGCUACCGUGGCCAACUAUAGUGUGUUUAGGAAGGACAUUCAGAACCUGACGGAGAGUGUGCAGUUUGAUAUAUUUUACAAGCUUUAUAUGAAAGGAAAUUUAUAUACGCUCGGAACGGAUUUGGCAGAAAUUGAUAAUUUUGCUAAAAUAUUAAAAGUCCUUGACAAAAGGUGUCUGCUGCACCAUUGUUUUCAAGCACUUAUUGACCACGGGGCCCAGGUGAACGAGAUCCUUGCCAAUGAGUUUUGUAAACGCUACCAACUUUCAGGCCAUCUGAAUGAGAACGAGAGGAACAAAGCCAUCCAACUUGGCACUGCACUCGCGAGUUUCUUCAAUGAAUCUGGUUGGUUCUUCAGCAGUGAGAGAGUUUACCACACAUGUCGGCUACUUUGUGACCAAGACAAAACCUACAGUGGACUAUGUAAAUUGUUAGAGUGUAAUGUCAGAUUACUUCAUGUACAGAAUUCCAGUUGUAAAUAUAGAGAAGCCAAUGAAACCUUCAAAGAGACAUUUAAGAUAUUGAAUAUAUUGAACCAGGCCAAUAUAUCCGUGAAUAAGGCCAUGUUGUAUGGUGAAUGUUGUGGUUUAUUUUUUGCAGAAAGUCAGUAUGAUCAGGCGUAUAAAUAUUGCAAUCUAGCUGUUCAACAACUCACACCAGUUUUAUCACCGAGGACGAUAAUUGAUGUUCUCCGUCAAUGUGCCAAGUUGUUCUUUCCCAGUGAACAUUUUGGUCAGCGCCAUCCCAAAUAUGCUGAUACAUUGCAAGAUUAUGGUUUUUAUUUAUUAAAUGUUGACUCUGUAGCAGCUUCUGUAAAAGUCUAUCAGAUGGCGCUAGAUAUUCGUCUGUCUGUCUUUGGUGGGAACAAUUUUCAUGUUGCUGUGGCACACGAGGACUUAGCGUACGCAUCAUAUGUCCAUGAAUACAGCUCAGGGAACUUCAAAGAUGCUCAACGUCAUGCUGAGAAGGCGAUAGAGAUUCUGUUGAAGAUCUUACCAAGCGACCAUCUCCUCUUAUCUUCAUCAAAGAGACUUGCCGAAACUCACCAUUUGAAAGCUAUUGAGAUCAAAGAACGUCUGUUGGGACCAGAUGACUAUGAAGUUGCCCUCUCUGUAGGGCACCUUGCCUCUUUGUACAAUUAUGACAUGAAAUAUCAUAUGGAAGCAGAGAGUCUCUAUAAAAGAUCAAUUGAAAUUGGUAAAAAACUGUUUGGUGCUGGAUACAGUGGACUUGAAUAUGACUACAAAGGCCUCUUACGCCUGUACCAAAGCCAGGGGGACAGAGAGAAUAUGUUACACUACAGUCGGAUUUUACAGGAUUGGAAUCGCAUUCGUGAUCAUACAAAUGCUAUUGAAGUAAAACCGUUGGACUUCUCAUUGGACCUAUCAGUCCAGGACCUUCACAAAUACGUUUUCAACUCAUAAUGCAACAACUCUCCAUGACUUUUAACAUUGUAGAUCAUCAAUACAUGCAACUGUAAACUUGUAAACAUCACACAAGUUGCAGUGUGAGUAUCUUGUGCAUAGAGAUGUGUGUCGGUGUAUAUAUGAUAUGUGUCUGGUGAAGAAAUAAUAAUAAAAAAAAAGUUAUAUUGCGUAUGGUGAUAGUAUGUGUGUGAGUGUGUACAUAAAUACAUUAAAUAUAUAUAUCUAUAAGGAAUGAAGACAAUGUUAUAGUAUGUGACGAUCGUUUCCAUGAGAACGGUUAUUAUUGUAUACUUAUGCAUUACAUAGAUAGAGAUUCUUAUGUAAUAAUGCCUGAUAAAACCGAAUAUUCAUUUCAUUUUGUCAGAUGCCCUGUAGAACGUUUGGGUGACAAUCAAUCUAUGACAGAUGCCAUUCCAACAACAUGCGAAAGAGAUGGAGGUGUAUCCGACAUAUUGACUGACUGGAGAAAUGUUUUAAUUCAAUAUUUGUUCCAACUGAUCGGUGUCUGAAAGAAUCGAGUGUGAGUGUGUGUGCGUAUGCUAUGUAUAGAUACAGACAUCAUCAUCUUUUAAUGUCCCUUUUUCCAUGCCGGCAGGAGUUGGACAGUUCAACAUGAACCGUUGAGCGAAGGCUGUGCCUGGCUCCACUGUCUGCUUUAACAUGGUUUCUACAGCUGGAUGCUCUUCCUGAUACCAACCACUUUACAGAUGUACCAAAUGCUUUUUCUUUUUUUUUUUUUGAGGCACCAGUAAUAAUGAGAUUGCCAAAUAACAUGCAAGACAGGAACCCCCCACUCAACUGAGGGAUCUUGUGUGUGUACUAACAGUAUGCCUCAUUACUCAGUCAAUUUGUGUGUAUGUAUAUAUAUGUAUAUAUAUAUAUAUAUGGUAUGUUUCUUGGAUGUGUUUUUGCACCUAAUUACUUUUAAUGUUAUCUCGUGGUGGUGGAUCUAUAAGUAUUAAUGAGUGACUAGAAACCCUCAUAGAUACAAAAUUUACUGCUUUGUCUUAAUUCGAAGUCCCUAUAAGCUAUCGCUGUCUUCUAGAUGUUUUUUUUCUCUACUCACUCAAACAUCAUAAAUACUACAGUGACAGACUCGAUUAUUUCACUUUCAAUGUCCUUUAUAAGUGUCUCAGAUUAGUUGGAACCUUAUAAAUGUUGAAUUAAACCAUCCCCCAGUCAGUCAACCUGGUUAGACCUUCAUCUGUGUGUGUGUGUGUGUCUCUCUAUCUCGUGUUACUUUCUCUUGUUGGGAUGACAUCUCCCACGAAUGGAUUGUAACCUAAUGAUUCUACACAACACCUGACGAAAUAAAAUGGAUAUUUUAUUUUAAUUUUUAUUAGUAUCAUUAUGUGACAAUGGUGGUGAGCUGGUAGAAUCAUUACCAGGCCAGGCAAAAUGCUUAGCGGUAUUUCACCAGUCUUUACAUUCUGAGUUCAAAUUCUGCCGAGGUUGACUUUGCCUUUCAUCUUUUCGGGGUCGAUAAAUUAGGUACCAGUGAAACACUGGGGGUUGAUGUAAAUGACUAGUCCCUUCCCCGAAAUUUCAGGCCUUGUCUUUUGUAGAAAGGAUUAUUAUUAUUAUGUGACAUGAAAUAAUAACCUCUGUAUAUAGGCGCAGGCGUGGCUGUGUAGUAAGAAGUUUGUUUCCCAACCACACGGUUCCAGGUUCAGUCCUACUGCCUGGCUCCUUGGACAAGUAUCUUCUACUACUGCCUCGGGUCAACCAAAGCCUUGUCAGUGAAUUUGACAGACGAAAACUGAAAGAAGCCCAUUGAAUAUGUAUCUAUAUGUGUGUGUAUGUCUUUGUGUCUGUGUUUGUCCCCCACCAACAUUUGACAACCAGUGUUGGUUUGUCUACAUCCCCUGUAACUUAACAGUUCAGCAAAAGCGAUCGAUACAAUAAAUACUAGGCUUUAAAAAGAAAUAACUGGAUCGAAACAAUUCCUUCGACUAAAAAUUCUUCAAGGCAGUGCCCCAGCAUGGCCACAGUGUGAUGACUGAAACACAUAAUAAAUAUGUAACAUCUAAGCAAUCACUAAGUAAUCAUUUUCAUGGAAACAAUCGUUACCGAAACAGAACAUCAUCUUCAUUCCUUAUUCAUUUAUUAUUAUUAUUAUUGUUAUUUACUCUGCAAUGAAGGUCCAAUACCUUGUUAUACAGUCUUUGGAUUUGCAGGGUGCAUAAGUAUUAUUAUUUAAUUAAUUAACAAUUGGUUGAUUAAUGAGGCGUACUGUUCGUACUCUUCUUUAAGCACUCCUUGAGCCAAGUACUUGGAUGGAGUACUAUGGAGGUGAGAGCCUGGAUCUAAAUCAUCCCUACCAUUAAAAUGUAUAUAUAUCUGUGAUGUUUGUGUGAAAGUGGUGUGUGUAUGUGGGUGGGGUGGGGGGCACACACAGGUGUGGUUGUGUGGUUAAGAAGUUCGUUUUGUAACCCCAUGGUUUAGAUCCAUUACUUGACACCUGAGCCAAGUGUCUUCUGUAGCUCCUGACUGAUCAAAGCCUUCUGAGUGGAUUCGCAAGGCAGAAACUGAAGGCACAUCUUGUUUGUGCAUGUAUGUAUCGUAUACACACACAUACACAUACGCCCAUGCAUGGGCAUUUUCAGACCUGGUGGAGUCCAAACCUCUCUAGGUCUGAUCACAUUUGAUUUCUUGUGGAAGAGAGAACGAAAGAGUGAAUGAAAGUGAAGAAUAGACCGCAGUGCAUGACUGGUACUUUACUGACCCCGAAAGAAUGAAAGGCAAAGUUGACCAUGGCAGGAUUUGUACUCUGAGCACAGAGAGCCAGAAUGAUUAUUACAAAGCAAUCAUUCUGACAGACAACUUUAGUCAGUUGUCCACCUUGUGUGUGUGUUUAUAUUUGCAAUCUGAAAGCUACAAAUGACGAUGUUGUCCUUCCCUGUUUCAACAAUUGUCCACUGGCUGAGUAUCUUGGAACAUAUGUGGAUUAAGAGAUCUCAUAAUUUGUGAAACGGGUAAAGGUAUUAGUGACAGAAGCGACAUUUGGCUGUCAAACAAAAUGUCUCAGUAAUAUAUUCCUCCAACCCAUGCCUGCAUGGAAAAAACAGAUGUAAAAAGAAAUGCAAAACGUUCUUUUUAGAAAUCCACUCACGAGGCUUCAGUUGGCAUGAUGCUGUAGUAAAAGACGCCUAAGGUGCCAUGCAGUGGGACUGAACUCAGAACCAUGCAGUUGGGAGUCAAACUUCUCAACCACACAGCUACACCUGCACCUUAUAUAUGUACACACACACACACUUAUGUACACGUAGUCAUUCAUUUGCUGGAAGCUGAAGCAAAAGACUUUAUGCAUUUAGUAAUUCCAUCAUAUUUCUUUGUUUCAUGACGAAAAGGGAAAAAAAAAAAUCAUUCAGUAUGUAAAGGAAAUUUCAUUCCCUCUUCUUCACCCCCACCCCUCUAAAUAAACUUCUGUGUGUGUGUGUGAUGUGCUUGGUUGCGACUGCCUUUGCUCCAAUCGUUGAGCAAAAGCUUAUUAACCAAGAUGUCGGGUUAGGAUCUGUCGGUGUACCUUGCUGUAGAAAGAAAUGGCUGUUGUCAAAAAGAAUCGUCUUCAAAUCAAACACUGCCAACUUCAUGGCAUGGUAAACAUCAAGGUAUUUAUCAAAGGAUUUCAGGACAGAUUUAAAAAGAAAAAAAAAAAUUUUUUUUUUUUUUUACGUAUUUAUGUCAGCCGUUUAGUCUUACAUGUUUUCAUCAAGGCUUUUAGCGGCAUUCUUUGCAUUCACAAACUGUAUUAUAUUUGUGACAUUCAAACCUUAGAUCUUAAGAAAUAGGGUUAUAUUAAUAUUAUUAUUAUUGUUGUUGUUAUUUUUAUUAUUAUUAUCAUCUUUUUCAUUGAAGCAACUCAUUAAUUAGUUAGGAUUGCUUCAUUUACAAUCACUUAUGCUUUCUGAAACAUAAUGAACAUCACAUAUUCUCAUAUAAAAAAAAAAAAAAAAAAAAAAAAAAAAUAAUAAUGAUAAUAAUUACGUCCUCAUGCCAUUUCCAAACUAUACGUUGUCUUUAAAAUGAAAACUGGACAAGCAGAACAUUCAGUGUCGAUAAGCAGCAGAGAUAAAACUGGUUAUCGAAAAUACAUUCAGAAAUAUUUCCAUACUGUAUAUAUUUCAAAUGAUGAAUGAAAUUAGUAAUUUUAAUUGUAAAUGUGAA